AUGGCGGGCCCAAUGCAAGCGGCCGAGACCGAAGCCAACCGGCACAUGCGAACGCAUCCACUGUCGAGGCUUCAGCUCCUUUGGGCGCACGUGCAGAGCUGUGCCACCUCCCUGGUCUUUGGCGUGUCACUUUGGAUCUUCAGCCUUGGACAUUGCCUGAUUUAUUUGGUGGGACCCGAGCCUUUCGGUCAGCUGAUAGAGUAUGCGACGUGGGUUUGGGCCACUGGAAGCUUUCUGGUGCUGGGGACGGUGCUAGAGAUUCUUGCCCGGGUUUCUGCGCAGGGUGGACCUGUGUGGCGCUGGCGGUCCUGGAGGCGGAUGAUGAUUCCUCUCUGCCAUCAGCUCGAGGCUUUAGUUCUGACUGUCAUGACCUUCAGACUGGGCAUGAGCAUCUAUCUUUUACAUGUGGCUUUACAGGGAGGCACCUUGCCGGUCUCGGUCUCGAAUCUGGACAAGGCCACUGUGCUAAUCCUCUGCGUCUAUCGUGCCCUCCGCGCUUGGGAGGAAUUUCGUGGAAUUUCGGUGCAGGAGACGCUGCACGAGAGAAGGAAAAAGGCCAGCAUGAAGAAGCUCUGGAUGCACGAAUUCAAGGAGGCUUGGCAAGAGCACCGGGCACGGCAAGUGGUCCGAAUUCAGCAAGUCUUGAACAGAAAGUGGGUACAGAUGCUCUUCUUCGUCUCCUCCCUCACUUACUGCGCAGUGGAGUUCUUCGCCUUCGUGCGUACCUCGGAGGUUCUCGGCUACGCACUCCUCUUCGCUCUUGGUGCUGAGUUUCUUCUUCGAGCAUGGGCUCAAGGUGGUGAGCACUUCUUCCGGCCGUCUCUGAACAAGAUGGAGUUCUGUGUGCUCGCGGCAGGGACUUGGUGCCUGUUCUACGCCACCUGGUACACGCAGUAUUUGGUUUCCUCGAAGAAUGAGGCGACGGCGUUUGCCACGGCGACGGCCGUACUUCUGCUGAUUCACCGGUGCCUUCGGCUCCUUGGGAUUCAGCUGAAGAUCUCUGCCAGCGAGUUCGAUGCCGACAGCGUUGCCUCCUCCCUGGCUGUGCAGGCCUUUAUGGCCAAUCUGGGUUGCUACGUGGACGUGCCGCCCACGAAUGUUAAAGUGGACCUUUCUGCUUCCAGCAUCCACAUCCAGAAAGCCAGCCUGAAGCCGGAGACGUUCGAGGGGUUGCAUCUGCCUUUGGCUGUCACCGGGGCCCUUGUGGAAGACCUCUUCGUAGACCUUUCCAGCGAUACCAAGGAGAUUGGCAGAUUGACCUUUGCCUCGCGCACACACGGCCGAACCCGAAUCCGCGUCAAGAAUCUGUUGCUGGUUCUGGGUCCCGGCCCGGGUCUGUCUUCCUGUCCAAACAAGGGAGGAGCUCAUUGGCACUACCAGACGGUGCUUGCCGCGAAGUGGCGGGUGGUGAAGAUGAUCUGCCAGAGGCUCACAGUUCCUGUAGUGGAUGCGACGGCGGCAAGGGAGUCACAGGACUCCCUUGACUCCCUCGGCUCGUCGAAGAGUUUGCAGGAGAUGAGGAGGAGCUUGAUGAGAGACGUGCGACAGAGUAUCACCAGGAUGCCUUAUACCGAGAUGCACCUGCGGAACAUCAGUGUGCAGUUCGAGGAUCCCGACUCGCGGCUGGGCUAUGGAUGCUUCCUCCUCGGCAUGAAGUUGGACUCCUUGAAGCUGGACUGGCACCAGGGCCGUCAUUGCCACGCUCAGCUGGCACGCUGGUCUCUGUAUGCAGAGCCCUUUGCGGCAGCAGACAGCAGUGGAGUUCUCCUGAGAUCAAAGCCUAGAAAAGUGGCUCAGGACAUGGUUAAGCUGAACAGCGCUGAGCGGCUUCGUUCCUGGGCUUUCGCCAGCAUGGAGGACCAUCGUCGAAAUCCUCUGAAGCAGCUCCGGCGAAUGGAGCGCUUUGCGGACAGGCACAACAUCCUGACGGUGCAGCAUGUGAACAUUCGAGGAGCCCCCAAGGAGGUCCCGAAAGAGCGGACCGGAGGACUCUUGUCGCGCAUGGCGGCCCGGUUCGGGGCCUUCGGCAAGGACGGCGUGACCAAGUCAACGGAUAUCGAGAGCGCGGCGAUGGCCUCGAAUCCCCAACUGGACUGGGACUGGAAGGCCCACGUCCGGCCUAUUCGGAUCACCGUGGACGACAUGCAGUUUCGAUGCUUGAAGAAUCUGCAACGCUGCAUCGGCGACUGGUGGAUACACGACCAGGCCAUUCAGUGGCAUCCUGGCAUCCGCCCCUGCGAUCCACAGGUUCUGGAGACCUCCAAGGAGCAGAGAUCCGAGAUACUACGGUCGUGGUGGAUCUAUGCGAGCCACAAGGCCCUCAUUGCCGAGGGCCGCCGGCCCCGCUUCACGUAUUUGAAUCUCGUGCGACGGGUGGAGUACCGUCUGAAGCACCGGGCUUUGAUCUCGGAGGUUCUGCGCGAGUUGCCGCCGCUGGUUCCAGGCAGGCGCAUCACUCUGAAGCCCGCUGAGCAUCACUGCCGAGAUCUGGCGCUGCUUCAGACUCACCUGCCGUAUUCAGACAUCGUGACCUGCUUAAGGGAAGAGCUCGCGAGGUCCUCGGCGCAAGGCUCUCUGAGCCGGCGGCCCACGGCCCGUCCGGGUGCUGCUCCCACGCGCCGGCAGCAGGAGGAGGAGAACGACGAUGAGGAUGAAGAGGAGGAGGUUGUGGCCUCAGAGUCUUCCUCCGUCGAGCGCUCGGAAGCCACCGCAUUUGGCAUGGCGGACCAACCCCAGGAUGAGCCUAGCAUGGAUGGGCACUGGGAGUUGUCUUGGUCGGCGCUGGAGGUUUGGAUUCUGGGCUCGGGGUUUGGCAACGGCCGGCCGCGCCCUAUCCUGCUCUACGGUGAGCUUUUGGAGAUCGGUUUCGAGGGGGAGUUCCGGAGCAUCGCCCUGGGCGCCCCGAGCCGACGCCUGCCUCCCUUCGGGCUCCUGGCCACCCUAAAGGACUUGGCCAUCCUCUCUCCUUACUCGGGGCGAGCCUGUGGCGGGAUGGGCGUCGACGUGGUGCGGAUCCUGCAGCCGGUGAAGAUGAGUCCCGACUGCCUUCUGCCCAACUUCCCAUGGCUGGGCCUGGCCCGCAUGGGCGAGAAGUUUGCCUGCAUCCUGCAAGCGAGCCCUUCGGGAAAAGAGGUCCUCUUGGAGAUGCAUCUUCCCGAUGCCCGGAUCCUCGUCUGGGAGCCACUGGCUCUGCCUCUGGGGCACUUUCUGGAAGACCGCUCCGACGAGGAUGUCUCCGCCGCCUUCGAGGCUGGGGGCUGUAUCUCCGCUUGGCAAGCAGGGCCUGUGGAGAGCGAGCGACGAGAGCAGAAGGUGCAUGGUCGACGGCACCCGCUCAGAGUGACGCUGGCAGUGCAGAGUAAGCCGCGAGCCUUUAUCUUCCCGCACCAGGUGGAGGUGCAGGUCCUGGAAGGGCUCCAGAGAGGAGCCCUUCGGGCACACCGGCAAGCUGGGCUUCUCUUGCCCUGGGAGGAUGUUGACUUGCGCGUCGUGCUGCGGGUGGGUGCUCUCCGCGUCUUUCAGGUCAGUCGAUUGAUCGGCGACACCUUAGGCGUGGAGGAGGCCCGGGUGGAUCCGCACCAGCUACAUCUCCACCUCGGUGCAGUUGCCAGGUGGGACUCUCCCGGGUUUGUGAAGAACUUCUCCGUGAUCGUCGACCCGGGCCGGAAGACGCUCUUCUCUCGCCCCUGGAGGGCGGGGGAUGCACACGGGCCGCCUUUUCGUGACGAUCAUGAUGUGGAGUUGGGGCAGGACGAGCUGGGCUUGGAUGGGAAGGAGGAGGAAGAGCACUGCGGGUCCUGGCUUGCAAACUGCUGCUCCUCGCAUGCUGCUCAUGCCAAGCAGUCACUUGCGGGGCUUCAACCGCUGCGGUCGAUGACGUCGGAGCUUCUCCAGCUCUCCGAGAUUCCGUCCAAACAGAGCUUCUGUGAAGUCUCCUUCUGGGCAGUGAAGGAGCGGGAGUUCAACGCACGAUUCUUUCUGCGCGUGGGGGAUGAUUGGUAUCACAAGGUGACGGCGAAGCCGGCAGACUUGCGCUGA